GGUAUGAUGUUUGCGAUCAGCCGAUUUCGAAAUGGCAGUAAGAAACAACAGAAAAAAUGAUCGUGAGCUUCGCUUCUUUCGCUAUGAUUGGGCUAUUUCACGAUACAGAUGGAUAGAUGAAAAUUGUCGUAAUACAGUGUCUGGUUUCGGAACCGUAGAAAACUUGAACUUGGUCCAUUCUUCGUCAGAUGUCAAGAUUUCAUUCAGGAAACAUAUUUCCCAAGAGGACUUGAAAACUCAUGUGAUCACAACUAAGAAAGAAAAGAUAGUCACAAAAAGUCAAAGUCUUUGCUCCUUACAACCAGAAAAUGAAGCUCAAGAGAUUGCCAAGGGACAUGGGACAAUGAUAAGUGUUUUACAAAGCAGACUUCUUAGAUUGAAAGCAGCUCAAACACUUUGGCACAAGGACACCAAUGCUUUGAUAGAGUAUCUCCUGCGGUUGAAAGAUGAUGCAGUGCUGGUUGACAUCAUGCCAUUUCUGACAUGCAGCAGAGUGCGUGAUGUGUCACCCGAAGGACAGGCCUUGUCAAUGGGGGCAUGUCUAGAAAUUUUACCUGCACUUGAGAGACUCCUUACAUCUAAAUUCGAAGAUUACAUUAUUGCUGGACUGGACAUGAUCAGGGAAAUGGUCAAACGCUGGUGGAUGCAAUUGAAAGCUGCAACAAGUAAAGGUGUGGAGCCAGAGUGGCAGAGAUGCAGCAGGAGUGUGAGCGGCAUGUACAUGGCAAUCGUUUCUCUUUCUGCCAUCAUUGUCAAAGUUUCUAAAAGAAAGGGACCAGUGGGUGAGAAAGCUCUCGUUGUCACCAGGCUGUUAGAUCUACUAUGAAACAGUGUGUAAUUGGGUAGAGCGGUGAUUAAAUUGUACAUAGGCUGAUGAACAUUGGAAUGGUUUACACUGUUAACAAAUGCUAUUUAUUUGUUGUAUUUAUUAUUUAUUUGUUCAUUUUUAUCUUAUAUUCUACAACUUACGUGGUAUCUGUUUUGACAUGGAUAAUGUAUUAAAAGAUGUGUUAGAUCUCAGUUCUGUCAACAAGUUAUGUUUGAAAUAUGAUAUUUGACGUUUUUAAUUUGAGCCUAUACAUUCACUCGGAUCAUUGACAUUCUUCAGAGCUUUCAAGUAGUUUUCACCCUUUAACUCCCAUGAGUGAUGAUACAGAAUUUUUCCGCACAAUGUCACUAGAAUAUCAGGCAGACAAGGGAUAAGAAUAAAAAGACUAGAAUACACUUGUACCCUACAGGGUUAAUUCAUUCAGCUCUCCACGAGUUUUUACGAGUGGAUGGACUGUUCAGCGAAUGUGAGCAGAAGACUCGUUAGUUCGAAAGUAGUUACGCUUUUCACAGAGCUAGAAAUCCUUGUAAAACACCGUAGUUUAUACUAAACCAUCAAUGAGGUGUGGCGGGGACUAGCUAUCGAGCACACCACGCCCGGCGAAAAGCACCAAGACUCUCGAAUUGUCUUUUUCUGCCUUCUUUAACUGCUCGGUUCUCCAGUACACAAUUCCACUUACAU